UUCUACUGAUUUUCUUGCUGUGUUCUCAACUAGAAAGAACUUGAAAACCCACAAAAAAACGAAAGAGAAAAAAAGUAUAUUUUUUCGUGCGCACCACACUCGCAUAAACAAUUUCUCAUUAUAUUUUAUUAUACAUAAAUUUGCAAUGCAAAAAUUAUUUCGUCAUUAAGUGCUAAGAAUUUUUUUUUCAUUCUCUGAAAAGAAUCACAGGAAGUUAAAAACAAAAAAAAAACUAUUGAAUAACCGUCUGUAGUGCUGAAAAAGAACACAAAAAAAAACUACCAUCAUUUAUAUUAGAGACUUUUCGUAACAUGGUACUCGGUGUCCUCCUGCGUCGGGGUGCAACAAAACUUGGAAAUACUUUGUCAAUUCUGCAGGUGUUGUCUCCCACGGUUGCUGCCACCUCGGUUCUUGCCACAGCCUUCUUAUUACCAUCUUCAAUCAACAGGCAAACAGUUGUAUUUUGUUCUGAUAACACUACAGGAAAAUUCAAUCAAACAAACAAAAUGGAUAAAAAAGUUGUGAUAGAUAAGAAGGAUCUUAAAACCCGACUGACUCCCUUACAAUACCAAGUUACCCAAGAAGCAGCCACAGAACGUCCAUUUUCAGGAUGUUAUAACAAACACUACGAAAAGGGUGUAUACCAGUGCAUAGUGUGUCAUCAAGAUCUAUUUAGCUCGGAUACAAAAUACGAUUCAGGUUGCGGUUGGCCAGCAUUUAAUGAUGUUCUUGAUCAAGGAAAGAUUACACUGCAUAAAGACGCAAGUAUUCCAGGGGGAAAUAUUUUACUACUAAUUAAAUAUCCAGACCGCAUACGCACAGAGGUUCGCUGCGCUCAAUGCAACGCACAUAUGGGUCAUGUUUUUGGGGACGGACCAAAACCUACAAAAAAACGAUAUUGCAUCAAUUCGGCGUCUAUUAAUUUCGUGUCAGCCGAUGAGUUAAAUAGCAGAGCAGGAAAUGGAGCUGCUGCUUCUCCAGCUGGGAACUAGUAAUGAGAUAAGAAAAUGCCUAAUGUAUAUUGAUGUUGUUCAUUUUUCAAAAUGAAACAUCUCAACGCCUGGCGCUGUGUUGAAAUUGUAUCUAUAUAAAAUCAAAGAACACAUUUAUAAACGUUUCUGGUUGCUAAAAUCGAAAUGCUAAUUGAAUUCUAAAAAAAAAUAAUAUUUUAUUUAAUUUUUAUUUGUUUAGUGUUUUAAACAUUAAUUCAAUUUUAAUUUAAUAUUAUAUUUAAAACUAAAAAUUAUCUUUUUUUAAAUAUUU